UUUUAUGUCUUCAUUUAUCUGUUACGUUUAAAACAUACUUCAGGAGAUUCACUUCUCAGUCGAACAGCCUUCGGUAAGGGGCGGGGCUUUGACGUAGCGGCGGGAAGAAAGUGUGCCGCCAACCGUGACGUCUUGUUGCUACGGUAACAGUACAUGAACGUAAACAAAAGCAGGAUGUCGGAGAGACGCGCACUGCUGCUGAGACCGUCUUCGAGAGCUGUGACUUUGUCGAAGUCACGUGGUAUGAAGGAGAGCAGCAGUGGAAGCAGACACACGCACGCGACCACGCGCAGCCAAACUCAGAGUGUAGUGGAUCUGUCCAGCAGGAGGCGCUUCAGUCUGACCGCUGCCAGCAAAGUUCUGGAGAAGAAGCAGCUGGAGUCUGAGCCUGAGCUCCGGGUGUUUGAUGAAGAAGGUCAUGACGUCACACCUCGGCCUCUGCUGCAGGCAGAUCCAGGGGCAGCACAGGCCAGGAGCUGCAGGUUCUACAUGGAGGAAGUGUCUGCUGCUCCAGGAUCAGUGUCGGAGCAGACGGCAGCCUCGGGCAGCCUCACCGUGCCCUUCUCCAGGUCAGUUUUGGGAAGCAGCAGAAUUUCCAGCCAGUCCACCAUCGAGUCGGUGAACGAGGAGAUUGAAGAAACGUUUUCCAGACGAGACGUGAUCAUCACCGUCCCAGAUGUGCAGGUGAAAAGAGACACGGGGGACAAACAUGUGACUGAGGACAUGUUGAAAGACAUCAUCGAUGUCUUUGUCUGUGAGACAGACACCAUUUCACUGCUGGACCAACCCUGCACCGCCGUGUCUGCGGACGCCGAUGACGCUGCUGCCGUCAUGGACAGGAACAAACGGUACUCUGAGGUGUGCAGGAACAGGAUGGGCAGUGACAAGUUCCUGGAGCGAUCUGUGCAGACUCUGAGUGGAGCUCUGAAGAACAAACACGUCCAGAGUGACGCCGUGAUCACGGUGGACGCAGCCGCGGCAGUCACGGCCUGGGACAUGUACGACUCUCUCAACGCUUCAGACAGAGAAGAAGCCGAGCCGAGCUCAGACGCGGAGACGUCCAAGUGUCCAGAUUCUGCGGUGGACGGGAGCAGAGGUGUGGACAGGAGCGCGUCCAUGGUCAGCAUGGCCAGCACAGCUAGCGCCUCCAGCUCUCUGAAGGACGUGGACGUCUGCAGCAGCGUGAAGACGGAGUCAGACCUGCAGCUCAUCAUGCAGUCGGACAGAUUCCACCAUUCACUUCUGGUGAUGGAGAGGAGCAUCAUGGGAAACACCUUCCAACCACUGCUGGCAGCGUACAGACAGCUGCCUGUCGUAGCAGACCAACAACCUGGGACCAUGGAGCUGAAGGAGGACGAGGAGGACACAGACAGCAGACCGUCUCCAGCUCUGCAGCAUCUGUGGGCUUUCAGCUGUGAGCUCACCAGGGGGCGCCGUGUCAGCUGCAUGGCCUGGAACAAGAAGAACCAGGACAUCCUGGCUGUGGGUUAUGGUGAACUGGACUCCACUGGUGUGGAACCAGGACUGAUUUGCUGCUGGUCCCUCAAAAACCCCACAUGGCCCGAACGAGUGGUCCACUGCCACAGGGCCGUGACCGCACUGGACUUCUCGGCCCACUGCCCCGGUCAGCUGGCUGUGGGGAUGAGUGACGGAACCAUCGCUGUCUACAACGUGCAAAACCUUCAGAACCAGGAGUCAGGAGUGAUCAGCAGCAGUGAGUGUCCUAACAAACACUCAGGACCUGUGUGGCAGCUCAGGUGGACUCAGCAGGAGCUGAGCUUCACAGGGGAGGACAAACAGGAAGUGCUCGUCUCCGCCUCUGCCGACGGCAGGAUCAGCAGGUGGUUCGUGUUCAACAACGGCCUGGACUGUAUAGACCUGAUGAAACUCCAGAAGGUGAAUAAUGUGAAAAAGAAGACGGGAGGAAAGAAGACGGAGAGCGUCCUCUCACCUCUGACCCCGGCUCUGUGCUUUGACUUCCACCCAACGGACACCGGUCUGUACCUGGCGGGUACGUGGGACGGUCUGGUCCACAAGUGCUCCUGCUCCAACACUCAGCAGGUUCUGGAGACGUUCAGGAAACACUUUUGUCCGGUGACCUGCGUGUCCUGGUGUCCCCUCAGUCCUGACGUCUUCCUGAGCUGCUCCUCUGAUUGGACCAUCCAGCUGUGGCAGCAGGACCAGCUCCGACCUGUGAUCAGUUUCACUUCAGCUCAGAGGGCCGUCUGUGACGUCCAGUGGUCCCCGCGGUGGGCCGCCGUGUUUGGGGCGGUGAAUGAAGGACAGCUGGAGAUCUGGGACCUGAACUGGAGCACUCUGGACCCGAUCAUUGUGCAGCCCGCUGCCCCCGGAGGAACCAUGACCUCGCUUCUGUUCACGCCACAGUCUCACUGCGUCCUGGUCGGAGACGGACAGGGACGGGUGACGGUUUAUCUUGUGGAGAACCUGAAUGUUGGAGGUGGGGACCAGGUAAGAGGCGGGACACGGGUGGACCACGGGUCUGGACUCAGACUGGACGACACCAAACCUCAGGCACCGCUGCACCUUGUCUUUCAGGUGGACGUUCUCCGAGACAUCGUCAGCUCUGCGGCUUCUUCACAGGUGGCGCACCAUAUCUGGUAGUCAUGUGUAACAGGGGUCAUUUAGGGUCAUCUGUUUCUUUGGUUCCUGGUGUGGUCUGUAGCUCCUGGUACUACGUCCAUGGUACCAACAGUUCUCAAUAAUAAUUAGUUCCUGGUGUUGAGAGGACGCCGUCACUGGGACGAGAAGUUCUUGGAGCAGCAGGAACCGAUCCUGUCUGUGGACGUACUGGAGGACAGCAGACUGAACGGCCUGAGGACGGAGACGGAGACGGAGGGUGACUGUGAUACCACCCAGCACCACAGUUGGCGCUGCAGCAUCAUCAUCAUCAUCAUCAUCAUCAGCCUCAGCUGGGUGUCAGCGGUGUACGUGUGAAUCAGAAGGCAACAGAGAAUCAUGUCAAGGACGAACAGGGAGAGUGAACGUCUCUGUCUGCAUGAUGACGUCACGUCCUCCUCCUCCCCCCUUCUCUUUGCGCGUAUUUAUCACACACCGCCCGCCCCCACUGUCCAGGUGAAUAAAUCCAAACGCAUUCAUUUUAUUUUAUUUGGUGAUAAUGAAAAUGAAGGUGAUCUUUUAAUCUGGUGCUUUUCAUUUUUGUUGGGGAGGAGGUGAUGGAGGAGGAGGUGAUGGAGGAGGAGGUGAUGAGCUCCGGGAUGGAUGGAGGAGAACAAAAUAAUGCGACAAAAAGACCUGCAGAUGUCGACCCUCCCUUCAGGCAUUUACAAAAAAAAAUCUGUUCUUCUGUGGUUAGAUGUUGACUGAUAUACAGCAGAUUAGAAUCUGUCCCUGGGCUGUGUCGUUGUCCGGGGUAGAGGCGUCUCAGACUCCCUGGUCCUCUUCACCAGAGCCGCUG